GCUGUUGCCUCCUUUAAACGAAACCGAAGAAGAAGAAGGAGGAGGAAAAAGAUCUCCAGUAUUGCUGAGAGAGUUUGUUCCGAAGAAAUUACAGACAAUACAGAAAACAUCAAUGAUGAUUCUCAUGACGUUGAACAGAACCUACUCGUCUUUUGGUGCAGCCAUUGCGCACUGGGGCAGGCAGGUGUUGGACAGUGGCAGCCAACGUAGAAUGUGUAGCAAGCCGCAAGAGAGCAGCUCCGCACCACAUGCAAAUAAGCCAGCUCCAGCGGCCCCUGCUCGUCCAGGUUUCAGGGUGCCUGGCUACAGUCCCUCUGACUUUGAUAAGAAAAUUCUUGUCUGGUCUGGCCGCUUCAAGACCAAGGAACAGAUCCCAGAACUGAUCUCGUUUGAGAUGAUAGACGCAGCGAGGAACAAGAUUCGUGUGAGGGCCUGUUACGCCAUGAUACUCUUGACCGUGGCGUCCUGCAUGGGCAUGGUUUACAUGGGGAAAAAGGCCGUAGGAAGGAAUGAGUCUCUCACCAGGUGGAACAUGGAAAAGAAAGCCAGGUGGAGGGAGGAGGCGCAGAGAGCAAGGGAGGAAAGCGCCUCCAUCGCCGUGGCCGCUGAGAAGGCUCAGUGAGGGCCACGCUCUGCUCCGCCCACCAAAAAGGGACCGGCAGCAUUUACAGACCACAGAGAAAUACAUGAAUGGGCAGUAGUCAAUCAGCUGAUAGAAAUUGUGUGUUAUUUUUAUAAUGUUGCUGUGAUUCUAGUGACCAGGAGAUAUUUUAUUUGUGUUGCCAAAUGAAUGUAUGCAGUGUGUCCCCGCCCCACACUACUCAAUUAAUACAUUACACAUUCAUGCAUUUAUGUACUGUGGAACUCCUGAGGUAUGAACACAUUGGGCAUCAAAGCCUUUUCAAACUCGUAAGUGUUGAUAAAUAAAAUUUAAGGAUUUAAAAGUUUAAGAAUAUAUGAUCUGUUGUAUUACUGUAGCUUUAUUUUUUU